CAUUGUCAUAAUAAAUAGGUGACAAGCGAAUUAUAAGUUAUUGUAAUUUUUGAAUAUGUAUUGGUUGGUCGUCUGGACCUCGUUGGUCACGUGGUGCGAGGCAGCCUCAAAAUUCCCAGAUGGGUUUCAAUUUGGAGCAGCCACAUCUGCUUAUCAGGUGGAGGGCGCUUGGAACGCAAGUGAUAAAUCUCCAAGUAUCUGGGAUGUUUACGUCCAUGAAAACCCAUCUGCUAUCGCGGACCAUUCUAAUGGAGAUGUGGCUUGCGACUCCUACCAUUUAUGGAAGAAAGAUAUCGCCUUGGCCCGGACUUUGCGGCUCAACUUUUAUCGCUUCUCAAUAUCGUGGCCCCGACUCCUGCCCGAGGGUUUUUCUAAUAAAGUGAGCAUAGAUGGAACAAGAUAUUACAAUAAUCUUAUCAACGGUCUGCUUAGCAAUGGAAUCGAACCUGUUGUCACCCUCUACCACUGGGAUUUGCCGCAAAAUCUUCAAGAUUUAGGAGGCUGGACCAACAUUAAAAUAGUCAAUUGGUUUGAAGAGUAUGCCCGUGUGGCAUUCACGCUUUUUGGAGAUCGGGUUAAGACCUGGGUUACCAUAAAUGAACCGAUGAGCUUCUGUAAUUUGGUGUAUGAGACCGGGUUACUAGCACCUGGGAUAGCCAGCCCUGGUAUUGGAGAAAACCUUUGCGCUAAAAAUGCUUUACUGAGUCAUGCAAAAGCCUACAGACUGUAUGAAAAGAAGUUCAGAGAUAAAUAUAAAGGGCAAGUUGGUUUGACAGACCAACACGUAUGGUAUGAGCCAAAGACUCCUGGCCAGGAACGAAACGCGCAGCUUGCGCGGGACCUAAGCGAAUUAUACACCUUUCCGAUAUUCUCCGAUAUUGGUGGAUGGCCCCCCAAUAUCGAGUUUAUUAUAGCCAAAAAUAGUAGAGCUCAAAAGUACUCAAGUUCUAGACUCCCUGCAUUCACUGAAGAAGAAAUAAAUCUAGUCAAAGGUUCAGCUGACUUCUUUGGUGUUAAUUACUACACCUCCCGACUCGUUGAAGAAGCGUGUCACCAUGGACAGAUUCUCGUCUGGCCAUUCUCUGGAAGCCGGGAGCUUAACUUGGUUUUCUCAUCUGAUCCUACUUGGCAACCGUGUUACGAUUGGCUCGUGAGCUAUCCCCCUGGAAUCCGUCGACUUAUGAAGUCAUUGACGGAGCGUUAUGGAAAUAUAGAAAUAAAAAUCUUUGAGAAUGGUUUUGGGACGUCUGAUACUACCCUCAAUGACACCAUGAGGGUGAAGUAUAUUAAGGAUCACUUGGAGCAGAUUCUCCUAUCAAUAAGAGAAGAUGGCGUAAAUGUCACUGCCUACACUGCAUGGUCUCUUAUUGAUAACUUUGAGUGGCGCAGUGGAUACAAGCCUAGAUUUGGCAUCGUCCACGUUGAUUAUAACGAUCCGAAACUCAAGCGCACAGCUAGAGCCUCCGCGUGCUAUUACGCAGAUGUAAUAAAGAAAAGAGAAGUUUGAUAUACUUGUUGGCAUUGUUCCGAAGCGAUAUCCAUUAUAAAAUGUUCUUGUUGCUAUUAAGAUUUCUGUAUGUUUGUCCAAUCAUAACCAAACACAUCGUUUUUUUCUUGCAUUUUACAUUUGUCAUCCCCAGGAGAAAUUUACUCAUAUCAAUUGUCACAGGUCAACUAGGUACAUAUAUGUAUAACGCCUACAUGAAUUUUGCCGUUAUUUAGAGCCGUUUGCCGAUCCCGACAAAGGCCUCUUCCAGACUCUUACAUUCUGCCCUUUCUCGCCCCACUUGACCAAACAAUAAUGGCAUUACUAAAUCCCUAACACGGCGUAAGUGAUGUGUCUGUAGAAUUUUAAUUCCAAAAAUCACAGUCGAGCGGCGAAUACCAAAUCGUAAAAUAAGUUCACAGUACAUUUGAGAGCUGAAACUGAAGCUGAUGUUAAUUUGCGUAAAUAAAAGUCGUAUUAAAA